AUGGAUGGAAAGGGGACGAAAUGUGGUUCCAAGAGAGGAUCUAAGAUUGCUCAGUUUGACGCUGAUGAUGAUGAUGAUGAACCUAUCGGAUCUCUCUUAAAGGUUAUGAAGCAUAAAACUGCCAAGAAGAAUAAAGUUGAGACAGAGAGUAUGGGUAAACAGAGGAAGAAACAGGCUGUGGAGAAGAAAUCGAGUGAUUCUGAAGAUAUGGAUGACACCUUAGCCAGUUUUAGGAAGAGAUUGAAGGGGCAAAAGAAAAGUGUUGGAUCUGGAAUUUCAAGGAUUAGGAACCACAAGGAUCUUCCUCCGAUUGACAAUGUAACGAGUUCUGAUUUGAACUUGAGUGAGGAAGGUCAUGAUAUGCUUGACGAUGCAUCUGAGCUUGGCAUGGAUGGUGGUACUGUAAAGGAAAGGCUCUUGCAUGAUGUCUAUAAACCCAAGGUUAUAUCAAGAACAAGAUCAACGAUUGAUUCUAAUGAGGCUGGGGCUGGGGCUGAAUCGCUUUGCUCAAAGACACUGGCUGUCAAGAAGAUGGUUGAUUCAACUUUAGAAUGUUACGCUCACAAGCCUCUCUUGGAUUGCAGCACGAAGAAUAAAAGAGUGAAUUGCAUAUCCGAAAACGGUGCUUCUAGUUCUAUUGAAAAGUGUACUUCAGAAACUGGAACUCUCCUGCAUAAGUUUUCUGGUAAGGAUGAGGCAGCCUCUCCCGCUCAUGAAAAAGUUGAAAUGCCCAUGACACUAUCCAGCGAGAAGGAAGCAGAUGUCUUUCAUCAAUUUCCAGAUGAUGAAUCCAAGAGACUACUGCCAAAUGUCCGUGGAGAAGUUUACCCUCCUGUUGCUAGAAAAGAAGUUGCAGUUAUUUCUCCUGAUCAGCCUUUACACUUGGGAGAGCCAGAAUCAGAGUCUGGUUAUAUCGGAGAGAAACAGUUAGUUACGUGUGAUUGUGGCAUCCAAGUGAAUUUUGAGGAUCGUUCCUUUGAGUCUAAUACUCAGGUUGCUAUCUGUCAGAAAUGCAAGUAUUCUUCAAACCAUGCUGCUUCUAACAGAGGUGGUAUCCCAGUUACUACUCUCAAAGAUGGAACUGCUGAAGAUUCCCCGGUUUCAGUAACUCCCUGCGAAGAUGAAAAUUCCCGGGGUGAAGCAAUUUCAUUACCGAAUUCUGGGAAGCCAUCCACCUUGCAACGUCCAGAGCGCAUUGCUAAAAAGCGUAAGCUUGGAAACAUGGUGUAUGAAGGAGAUAUGAACUGGGAGAAUGAGCAAGGCUUUCUUGAUUGUCAAAGUGACAAGUCCUUUAAAGGGAGCGACAAGUGUGAUUUUGUUCCAUUUAUUUCCAAGGAAACUGAACUUGGUAGAGCAGCUGCGGUGGCAGCUGGACUUAAAGCCCAGUCGGUAAGUCCAAUUGAGAAGAUUAUACUAAAAGAGGUGUUGAAGCGCAAAGGUAGCCAUCAGGAGUACCUAGUCUGCAGAAAUUCUAUUUUAGGUCUGUGGAGUAAAAAUGUCAGCCGAAUCUUACCUAUCACUGAGUGUGGUAUUGCUAGUGGCCCUUCUGAGAGUGAAUUGCCUUCAGCUUCCCUUAUCAGAGAGGUCUAUAAGUUUCUUGAUCAGAGAGGUUAUAUAAAUGCUGGGAUCUCAUCUGUGAAAGGAAAGGGGGAAUCUUCGACUAAUCAAGAUGAUGAUCUCUUCCAGGGGAAAAAGCUUGAAGAAAUCUCAAUGGCUUCUGUUGCAGAUUCUGAAGACGGAGUUGCUUUUAUUCUUGGUCAAGUCAAAGCCGUUGAAUCGACUAGUGAGGGUAAGAAAUGUGCUCUCCAGCAUGAUGAAACGGAAUUGGUUGGAUGUGCGACCUCGGCAAUGUUGGGAUCUACCAGCAAAACAUGCGAAGUAAGCAUUAUUGACGACUGCAAACAUUCUGUCAGCGAAAAUGAUUUACCAGCGGAUGUUAUUGCAUCUAAGGUCGAAAAGCAUCCUGAAACAAUUUCAGUACCCAAACCUGCUUUGUCUAGCACACUGUCCUCUGCAAAUAGUUAUCAAAUGAGAGGAAGGGACAAUGUUCAUUGUGAGGUUGAAGAUGAGAAAAAAGUAAUAGUCAUUGGUGCCGGUCCUGCUGGAUUGACAGCAGCACGUCAUUUACAGCGCCAAGGUUUUUCUGUCACCGUUCUAGAGGCAAGGAGUAGAGUAGGUGGUCGUGUAUUUACAGACCGGUCCUCUCUUUCAGUUCCUGUGGAUCUGGGGGCUAGCAUAAUUACAGGCAUUGAGGCUGAUGUGCCAUCUGAAAGAAUGCCGGAUCCUUCGGUAUUGGUCUGUAACCAGUUAGGUCUGGAGUUCAGUGUAUUGCAUGGAUUUUGUCCUCUUUAUGAUACUGUAACAGGGAAAAAGGUUCCUCCAGAAUUAGAUGAUGCUCUUCAAGCAGAGUUUAACAGUCUGAUUGAUGAUGUGGAUUUACUUGUUGAGGAAAUAGGCAAGGAAAGAGCAAACAAAAUGUCACUUGAGGAUGGUCUAGAAUAUGGCCUCCAGCGGCUGAGGUUGCCACAUGACAAGGUGAACAUUGAAAGAAUUGGGCUUGGUAAUUCAAUUGAUGGCUCCUUCUCAAAAACAGGCGUUAGUAGUACCUUUACGCAUGAUGGAAGCUUGAAAAAUGAUUUUUUGAAUCCCUUGGAGCGAAGAGUUAUGAAUUGGCAUUUUGCUCAUACAGAAUAUGGUUGCGCUGCUGUCCUCAAGGAAGUUUCGCUUCCUAACUGGAAUCAAGAUGAGUUUUAUGGCGGGUUUGGAGGGCCGCAUGCUAUGAUUAAGGGUGGUUAUAGCAGAGUUGUUGAGUCGCUUGCAGAAGGACUGGACAUUCACUUGAACAAAGUAGUUUCUGAGGUAACUUACGCCUCUGAUGCAUCUCCCAUGCAUAACAGCAAGCAUAAAGUCAGAGUUAGUACAUCAAAUGGCUGUGAGUAUCUUGGAGAUGCUGUUCUGGUAACUGUUCCUCUUGGAUGCUUAAAAGCAGAAACCAUUAAGUUUUCACCACCCUUGCCGGACUGGAAAUAUUCGUCAAUCAAACAACUUGGUUUUGGAGUUCUAAAUAAAGUUGUGUUGGAGUUCUCAAAGGUAUUCUGGGAUGAUAGCUUGGAUUAUUUUGGGGCAACUGCUGAGGAAACAGAUCAAAGAGGUGAGUGCUUUAUGUUUUGGAAUGUAAAAAAAACUGUUGGCGCUCCUGUUCUGAUAGCUUUGGUGGUUGGGAAGGCUGCCUUUGACUAUAAAGACAAGAGUAAGUCUGAGCAUGUAAGCCAUGCAAUGAUGGUUCUUCGUAAGCUUUUUGGUGGGGAUCUGGUGCCUGAUCCUGUUGCUUCGGUAGUUACUGACUGGGGCACUGAUCCUUAUAGUUAUGGUGCCUACUCAUAUGUUGCUAUUGGUGCUUCUGGUGAAGAUUAUGAUGUACUGGGAAGGCCUGUUCAGAAUUGUUUGUUUUUUGCUGGUGAGGCAACAUGCAAAGAGCAUCCUGACACUGUUGGUGGUGCAAUGAUGACUGGAGUCCGGGAAGCUGUGCGUAUAAUUGAUAUCUUUAGAAGUGGAAAUGAUUACACAUCCGAAAUAGAAGCACUAGAAAAGGCGCAGAGGAAAUCUGUAUCUGUAAGGGAUGAAGUCAGAGACCUAAUAAAGAGGCUUGAAGUUGUUGAGCUGUCUAAUGUGUUGGCCAGGCAAUCAUUGCUUCGGAACAUGUUCUUCUCUGCGAAAACAACUGUUGGGCGUUUGCAUUUAGCCAAGGAGUUGCUUAACCUACCUGGUGAAACCCUGAAAUCCUUUGCAGGUACAAAAGAAGGGCUUGCAGUGCUGAACUCUUGGAUCCUGGAUUCGAUGGGGAAGAAUGGAACCCAGCUUUUACGUCACUGUGUACAUAUUCUUGUUCGAGUUACGAGUGAUCUUUUUGCCGUGCGACUCUCAGGCAUUGGGAAGACUGUGAGAGAAAAGGUUUGUGCACACACGAGCCGUGAUAUUCGUGCCAUUGCAAGUCAGCUUGUUAAUGUGUGGCUUGAGCUAUACCGGAAAGAAAAAGCCAAGAGUGAAAUGAAAUCAUUGAGACAAUCGAAUACUACAAACAUCUCUAGAUUAAGAAGAAAGCUGAAUAAUGAGGAUACAGACAAUAAGGGAAAGCUGAGUAAUGGCAACGAUGUUAAAACAGAUGGAGAACUUGAGGACAACCAGCUACCUAUGUCAGAAGAAGAAAAGGCUGUAUUUGCUGCAGCAGAGGCUGCUCGUGCGGCAGCUGAAGCAGCUGCAAAGGCAUUUUCGGAGGCCUAUCAUAGUACGUCGUUGCAGCUUCCUAAGAUUCCCUCGUUUCAUAAAUUUGCCAGGCGGGAACAGUAUGCAAAGAUGGACGAAUCUGAUUUCAGGAAAAAGUUUCCUGGCAAUGUCGUAGGACGGCAAGAUUGUAUGUCAGAGAUAGACUCUAGGAACUGCAAAGUUCGGGACUGGUAUGAUUUUCCUGCCUCCUGUCUUGACCUUGACAGUACAAGGAUUCCAGUCGAUAACUGCUCACAGCGUAGCCAUUCAAAUGAGCCUGUAUCUCAUUCAAAGUUCAGAGAAUGUUCUGGAGAAAGUGGGGCUGCAGAUACCAGUACUUUUACCGGGGCGUGGGUUGAUACUGCUGGUAGUAGCGAUGGUCUCAAGGAUUAUAAUGCUAUAGAUAGGUGGCAAUCUCAAGCUGCUGCUGCUGAUCCUGAAUUUUUCAAUCGUGCCUUGCACAUGAAGGAUGAAGAAGAUUCAAUUGCAUGUUCGACAGGCCCUCCUAGCUGGAAGCAUGACCAACGAACGAAUGAGUGUUCUAUGUCACAGGUUACAGUGAAUAAAGAGCCACAUAAAAAGCAUAUCCGAGGCGCAGAUCGUUUGAAACAAGGGAUUGUAGAUUUUGUUGCAUCGUUGCUAAUGGCCCCGUAUAAAGCAAAGAAAAUUGAUAGAGAUGUAUACAAGUCAAUAAUGAAGAAGACAGCAACAAAGGUAAUGCUACAAACCACAGAUGUGGAGAAAGCCAUGGCUGUUCCACAAUUUCUCGACUCGAAGCGGAAAAACAAGAUUCGGGACUUUGUGGACAAACAAGUUGACAUGGCGAUAGCUCAAGUUCCGAAACCUUGA